UCCCCUUCCUGCUCAGAGCAGGCUGCAGCGCUGGAGCUAAACCAGUUUCCUCUUCACAGCCCCAAGCAAGCAUGGAUCAAGAAACCGUGGGCAAUGUUGUCCUGCUGGCCAUCGUCACCCUGAUCAGCGUGAUCCAGAAUGGAUUCUUUGCCCACAAGGUGGAGCAUGAAAGCAAGAUGCAGAAUGGGCGGAGCUUCCAGAGGACGGGAACACUCGCCUUUGAGCGGGUCUACACUGCCAACCAGAACUGUGUAGACGCCUACCCCACUUUCCUGGUGGUGCUCUGGAGUGCAGGGCUACUUUGCAGCCAAGUUCCUGCUUCCUUCGCUGGACUAAUGUACCUGUUCGUGAGGCAGAAGUACUUUGUCGGCUACCUGGGGGAGAGGACUCAGAGCACCCCUGGCUACAUAUUUGGGAAGCGCAUCAUCCUGUUCCUGCUCCUCAUGUCCCUGGCUGGUAUACUCAACUAUUACCUCAUCCUCUUUUUCGGAAGUGACUUUGAAAACUACAUAAAGACCAUAACCACCACCAUCUCCCCUCUGCUUCUCAUUCCCUAACUCUCUGCUGAAUAUGGGCUGCUGCUCUCAUCUAAUCAAUACCUAGAAGGCCUCAUAACUCAGCCCUCUAAAGGAUUCUGCUCCCCUCUACAUAGCUGUAAAUCUAAUGGCCAUCUGGGUUUUGAAGCUUCAGUUAACCUUGCUUUUCCGGGAAGAAAAGAAUUUCGAGUCGGCUCUGCCCCUUGCCGGUAGCGUGGCCCCCAGAUUGUCAUUCAGAUGUCUUGUGACCAGAUACAUGUUUUCCUGAAAUAAAAUGCAUGGACAAGUUUUA